AUGUCAGCUAGGCAUCUGUUUACAUCAUCUGACGGCCUCGUCAACAAGGCACUCCGAGGCAUCAUCACCUACAACCCCUCUCUCAGCUUGGACGAAGCCAACCGAGUCGUCUACGACACCACCUACGACAAGUCCAAAGUCGUCAUCAUCAGCGGAGGCGGCUCCGGGCAUGAGCCCGCAUGGACCGGCUAUGUAGGCCAAAACAUGCUCGCAGCUUCUGUCCAAGGAGACAUCUUUGCCAGCCCCAGCACCAAGCAGAUCGUUGCCGCAGUGGAUGCCGUUCCAAGCGACAAAGGCACCAUUCUGGUCAUCACAAACUACACCGGUGACUGUCUGCACUUUGGAUUAGCCAACGAAAAAGCCAACGCCAAGGGCCACAACUGCCGGACCAUCAUCUGCGGCGACGAUGUUUCUGUCGGCAAGAACGGGAGCAUGGUUGGCCGUAGAGGCUUGGCUGGCCAGAUUGGCGUCCUCAAGGUCAUGGGCGGAGCUGCUGGUGCUGGAGGCUCACUGGACGACGUUUACAAUCUGGGUGUGGCAUUCUCACAGCAGAUUGUGUCCAUUGCGGCAACCUUGGAUCAUUGCCACGUCCCAGGACGCGCUGAACAUGGCACGCUUCACGAGGACGAGGUCGAACUAGGCACAGGCCCUCAUAAUGAACCUGGAUAUAAGAAACUAUGUCCCGCGCCAACUGCAUCCGAACUGGUUUCACAGAUUCUACAACACUGCCUUGAUGAAAACGAUCCCAAACGCGGCUAUGUCCGCUUUGCCCCUGGCGAUGAAUCCAUACUGCUCGUCAGCAACUUCGGCGGCAUGUCGCACCUCGAAAUGGGCGCUCUUGUGGACGAGAUACUGGAGCAGUUGGCAAGAGACUGGAAGAUUGAGCCGGUACGGGUAUGCGCCGGCUUCCUCGAGACAUCUCUCAACGCUCCUGCAUUCUCCGUAUCCGUCAUCAAUGUCACCGCCGCCGCAAAGAACUGCAGCUACUCUGUCGAAGAGAUCAAGUCUUUCUUUGACGCCAGGACGACGACGUUCUGGGAGUCCAUGGCUGGGUCCCAGGCACGGCGGCGGACGCGGCAGCAGCAGCUUGUUCAGCCGCCGAAUGAAGGAAUCAGAUCGGUAGACGAGUUUAGCGAUCUGACGAUUGAUCCUGCGCUUCUGGAGAGUAUGUUAAGAAAUGCUUGCGAUGCUCUCAUCCAAGCUGAGCCAGAUCUCACCAAGUGGGAUACUGUCAUGGGUGAUGGAGACUGCGGAGAGACGCUCAAGACUGGUGCCACUUCUCUGCUCAAGGCCCUCGACUCAGGAUUAGCAAAAUCCGGGUCAGUUGUCAAGAUUCUGCUGGAGCUCGAGGACAUUGUGGAGAGCAAGAUGGGUGGUACUCUGGGCGGCAUCUUGGGCAUCUUCUUUGUCUCCUUACGUGCGGCCAUCGAGAAGAAUAUCGGACUAGCUCAUAAUCCGAUCUUGCUCUGGGGAACAGCUGUUACAACAGCUCUCGAAAGCCUCAGGAGGUAUACGCCUGCCAAGGUCGGAGACCGCACUGUCAUGGACACGCUCAUUCCUUUUGCCGCUGUGAUGAGCGAGUCGGGCUUUGAUGACGGCGUCAAGGCGGCACAGGAUGGAGCGGAUGCGACAAAGACGAUGAAGCCAAGGCUUGGAAGAGCCACAUAUGUUGGAGUGUCGAGUGAAAACAAGGAGCUGCCUCCUGAUCCGGGCGCUUGGGGGGCAAUGGUCGCGAUUCGUGGUUUGCGACAGGGUCUGGUUGAAGCAGUGUAG